UACGUACAGUCGUGGACCGCCAAGCAUCCAGAUGGUGAGGAUGGUAUCGUAAAUUUAGACGCGAUGUGAGUUCGUGAAAUUUGGCGACUGGAAUUAAUUCGAACAAUUCCUCAGAGCACUCCCCGUGGUAGAUGUGAAAAAAAAUGCAAAGGGAUGCAACAUCUCUUCGCAGUGCCAAUGCGAUUCAUUGCGAGCCGAUCGGAAAGGACUCGGUCGUCGAAGAUUCGAGCCGCUCUGCGCUGGAUGCGGUAAAGUGGAAGGAGCUGGCACUGGGGAGCCCCUCCCCAGAGAUUGGAACAGUAUUCCAUGUGAGGCCGAACCUGCGCCUUGUAAAGUUGCAGGUGGUGUGCCAGCAUGAAAUACUGUCCCGCUAUGCUGAGCACGCCAAGCUUUUUAGACGCCAAUUUGGCCUUCUCUUCCAAGUGACCACGAAACUGCACGUCACUCGAUAUGUCGACUCCGAGGAUUCCGAUACUGGCUGAGGCAACAAGGGGAGUGCCUUGAAACUGAGGAGAUACGACAAAGGGGUUCUUUCUAGUGGUAAACGCGCAAACUUGUAUCUUCUGGGGAUUGAACUGGACUAGAUUUAGUCGCCCCCAAUCCGAGACUUUGUUCAGCAAAGACUUGACUUCAGACCAAAGUUUGUCCCGGUAUUCGGCAACGUUUUCCCGAGAAAAAUUGGCACGGCCGGUAUAUACGGCAUCACCAGUGCUGUCGUCUGCAUAGCAAUGAAUGUUACCAGUUUGCAACAUAUCAUUGAUAUGCAGGAGAAACAGCGUUGGUGAUAGCACGCAGCCUUGUGAAACACCAGCGUUGAUAGUCUUGAAAUCAGAGUAUGCACCGUCUACCACGACCGUGAUGCUCUGAUCAGCAAGGAAACUGGUGAUCCAUUUGCACAAUUUCUCGAAAAGCCCAUAGUAAGGAAGCUUCGAAAGAAGCGCUUUGUGCCAGACCCGAUCGAAAGCCUUCGCUAUGUCCAAACUAACGGCCAAUGCCUCCCCCUUGGACUCUACUGCCUCCACCCAUCUAUGAGUCAGGUAGACCCGAAGAGCGUUCUUGGCACGAUACCGCGGGGAGUAGGUCUAUAUGAUAAUUAAGUUUCUAGUUUUAGUUUUUUUUUAUUAUUAUAGUUUUUAACAUUGUAUAUAAUAAAAUAUUGUAUAUUAUGUUAUGUAAAAAAAAUAAUUAAUAAUUUCACUAGCGCUGGUGGGGAUCAAACCCGGUUUGCGUAUUAUGAAACUUACAGCGAGCGCUAACCAUUUGAGCUACCACGGCUUAGACUUUUAUUAAAAAAACUAGCUGGCCCGGCAGGCGUUAUUCUGCCCUUUCUGGUUGGUGGCGCUAUGAGUUUAUUUUCACCGACACACUUUUCUAUAGACUUAUAGCUAAAUCCUCUUUAGGACUAAUAGAACUAUCAGCAGCCUAAUAAUAAGCGUAACUAAUACGUGGUAGAGCUAUGCUGCAGCUAUAUUAGUUGUAUAGUUGUAGCACGAAUGGGUCGGCUCGACCGGGGAAGGACCACGCUCUCACAGAAUACCAGCGUAAAAUAGCAGUUUAACACUGCUGUGUUUCGUAUGGUGAGUGUAGAGAACCGGAGACCCUUUUUACUGGAAAAGAGGCGUUCCAUCUUAGUCCUCACCGGUGACAACGCAUCUGCAUUUUGAUACGCAAACGAGGAUAUAUGUAGAUGUCUAUGGGCCACAGCAACCACCUACCAUCAGGUGGACUGUGUGCUCGUUUGUCACCCUAUCCUAUAAAAAAAAGCCAUAAUCACAAUAAACCAAAAAAAGGAAAAACAUUUUCACCUUUAUUACUGUUCCUUAAGCGGGUAAAAGUUACCCCAUAUGUUUUACACCGUCAUUUGCAGUGUACAUACAAAAUUUCAUGGAAAUCUGUCCAGUAGUUAUUGCGUGAAUCGUGAACAAACAAUUUUUUCUACAGAUUUAUUAUAUGUAUCUAACAUGUUAUGUUAAUCUAACAGUUAGUAGCAACGAAUUUAAAUAUUUUAAAUAAUUUGCAGUUCUAAGCGGAGCUGGCGCAGAACUAAUGGUUCUUGGUUACGAAGUUGCUCCGGGAUUUCUAGUUGGCGCUGCAUUAGUUUUCCUCUUGGAAACAAUGUGGGUGGUGGCGCUUUUCGUGGAUCUUUUGUGCCGGCGGGGAGAAUACACACACUCGCUGCGCUGCUGGGACUUAAUGCGAUGGUCAUGCGGUAGAGCCCGGGCACCAUUUUAUGCGUGCGCUGCCACCGCCAUCUUGUUUGCUAACCUAACGCUUUUAGCUGCUGUUGCAGGUAAAACGUAUACAUAUAAAGUAAUAUGUUUAAAUUUUGUUUGUCAUUAUAAUUAAAAACAAGCUCGUAUGCCUGUUAGCCAUUGCACGCCAUGAACAUGCGGAAUGACAUUAUCUGGGGGCACGGCAGCCGAUCAUCAAAACUCUAAGGCACUUCUAGCAGAUGCAGAAGCUUCAAAUUUAGAACACAAUUAGUCUUUAGUAUAUAGAUCAAGAAAAAACUAAAAUAUUUUGUAAUUUCUGACCAGUUUUCUAGAUACAUCAACUGCAUAAAUAACUUUGUAAUCCAAUAUAAAUAUAUGGGAUUACAAAGUUACAUUUGCAGUGAAUGAAUCAGUGUACCUGUAUAUGUAUAAUAUAAUGGAACAAUAGAUGUAGAUAGGUACAUAGACAUAAUUAUAUUCAAAGGUAACUUGUAAAAUGGUCAACAGCAUGAAAAAGCAAGAAUGGGACAUGUCUUAUGAAGUUGUACCAAAAUCCCGCAAAGUAUUAAGUAGACUAAAUUGCCCGAAAAUCCGUAGUUGGUAUUCAAGUAGUAGAUGGUACCGCAAAGGAAAAAUAGUAGGACUAUCUACAAAAAGAAAUGAGAUGCCAUCAAAAACAUAACUUGUAAAAAAAAACCAAGUCUCGCAACUCAGAUAUUCUACCGUAAAAAGUUGUGAGAUCUAUGUAAUACCAAGUCGGUUAAUUUAUUCAGUCCCUACUUAAGUGUCCUUCUGUCUUAAAUUAUUACGUAAUUAACUAACCUAUCAACAUCUUAUACUGACCAUAUCAAUAUUAAAAAUCUUUUAUGUUUUAAAUACAUAGAUUGACUUGGCCAUCGCACUAAACAAUAUAAUUUAAUAUAAUAUGUAAUAUGCCUGGCGUAAACGAUAUGGAUUCGAUAUCGCCACCUAUCGGAAGCCAUAAGAUCUUUUGGGCACAUCCCACAGUCACUUCCUACGACACCCACGAGACAAAUCGAGUGAUGAAUUCUCUUACGCAGUCAUCACACGUUCUUAUAAUUUCAGUUUUGUCAAUAUUUUAAUUAACAUAGUUACAGUUAAGUAUAAUUAUGACUUGUUUAUAGAAAAGAGAAAAAUUCAAAUAUGUCCCAUACCUAAUGUCACUUUCACAACUAAAAUGAAGCUAUAGAUUCACCUACAUUCUACAGAACGUACAAAAGGAAUGAUCGUACAUACAUACGUACCAACAUACGUUCAAAAAACAUUACACUUCUUCUUAGACAGCCGGCUAAAAAGGGUAUUAUGACCUCUGAUUAUGGUAUAGCCAUCUCAUAUUAUCAUCAUCAUCCAUAACACAUUUUUUUAAGUCGUCUACAAGACAGUACACACCAGUAGAUCCAUUUCUUGGAAGAUUUCCUAUACUCAACAGGUCGAGCGCAAAAAAGGUCGGCUCCUCGGAGAGCUAAAAUAUCAAUUAACCUUUUGGCUUACCAAAGAUUAAUUGAUAUUUUGGGAUGGAUCUGUCAGUCGGUUGCCGUAGCUUUAUUCUCAGCAAGAUGCGUGCAGGUGAAAUUGGCAAGAAAAAUUUAUAUAUUCUUCCUUACGUCUUUUUAUGUCUCGUACAUGUCAGAUUCAUUACUCAGACCACUCGAGUUACAUCAGCUCGGUCAUUACGGGAAAUCCCUUCUGUAGAGGUUCUUUGUCUUCACAAAAAGUAAGAGAUAAAGGUUUGUGAAAAGAAGAUGUAUAAUAUAUAAGUAGUAGUAAGUCUAUAAAGAUAAUAACUUUCUAGUUUUUAUAUAUUUUUUUAUUAUUAGGUGGCUUGUUACUUGGGUUAGCUGCUUUGCGUGCUGCGGUACCGUUUUCACCUUAUGCUAGUCAUGGACCACACUCACCCAGAGCUGGUAGCUCGUUGCUAAGUCAGUACGACUCGCCUCUGCCAGAUGUUUUCUAUAACGCCGCGCAUUCCAAUGAUGACAGAUGCGAAGAAAUGACUGUUCUGAAAGAAAAUACUCCGGAAAAAUCGCGAUCAGUCACGCCGAAACCGCCUCUCCUUGAACUCUGAUGGACUUAGAAAUAAUGUGUAUGAAUUUUAUCUACAUUGUGAAAUGUAUUAUAAGGUACUUUAUUAAAUAUAAAUACAAUAACAUAAUUUAUUAAUUUAUAAAUAAAUUAAACAUUAAAAUGGCUUUUAGUGAAUAUUAUUUAUAAUUUAUAUUGAAUAAAGAAAUUUCUAUAACUAUACAAAAAUUUAUUAGGAAAAUUGCAUAAAUGUUGUGUACCUAAUUGUUUUCUACCUUAGAUAUAUUAUCUAAUUUUAUAUCUUUGACAACUGUGAUAGUUUAGGUUAUAAAGUUUAUUGUGUUAUACAAUGCGAAAAAUUGUAUUAUUAGAAUAGUUUAUAACGAUAUAAUGUAGGUUCCGAAAUGUUUUUAAAAAUAAAUUUUGUCCACAU